GAGAGAGAGAGAGAGAGAGAGAGAGAGAGAGAGAGAGCUUGUAGGACCGGUUUACUGCAAGGAACAUUACAGACCUGCGUUAAAGGCUUUAGCUCGAUCAGAGCAGAUCAGAUCUGGAUUAAGCAAAGGAAGAUUAGAUCUGUUUCGAAAGGUGAGGCAUCGAGAUAAUAAUAACAGGCUCUGUGGGAUUAAGCACUGAAAGCGGGCUGCUCUCAGGCGCCCAGCGGUCAUCAUCCUCAUCCUCAUUCACCAUCCUCCUCUUCAUCAUCUCCUGUGCCUGCAGUGAGAACAAAUCCUGGUGCAUUGUGGUCACCAUCACGUAACCAUCGGGAGAGCUGCGGAGACGGCGCGAUGGCCACUCUUCUGAGAAAGAUCGGUCUGAUCCGCUUGCACGACCGAGACACAGAGGACCCCAAGCACCAUCCGAAAGGGACUAAGCAGGGGAAUCAGAAAAACAGCACCAAGCACUGUCACCAAAACGAGACCAACAUCCUUAGCACCCCAGAAAUCAAGGCCAAGCGCUCGGACGUCUCCGCCGCCAAAGACAAAGCUCCUGCGAAGGACAAACCGAGCAAAGAGACGAAGGAAAAGCAGCAGACGGGAAGCGCGAAGUCGAGCACAAGCUCCGUUCCACCACCGCUGGCGCCGAACAGGCAGCACUGCGCGCAUGUGAGGACGCGGCGCCUCAUGAAGGAGCUGCAGGAGAUCCAGCGCCUGGGAGACGACUUCAUCACGGUAGAACUCGCCGACGACAACCUGUACGACUGGAACGUCAAGCUGCACCAGGUGGACAAGGACUCGGCGCUGUGGCAGGACAUGAAGGAGACCAACACCGAGUACAUCCUGCUGAACAUCUCCUUCCCAGACAGCUUCCCGUUUUCGCCGCCGUUCGUGCGCGUACUCACGCCGAGGCUCGAGAACGGCUACGUGCUGGACGGAGGAGCCAUAUGCAUGGAGCUGCUGACGCCGCGCGGAUGGUCCAGCGCCUACACCGUGGAGGCCGUGAUGAGGCAGUUCGCCGCCAGCCUCGUCAAAGGACAGACAUUGCUUGCAAAAGCAUUUCUACCAGAAAGGCCUCGGUAUCUUACACACUGCAGCUUUAAUAUUACAGCUUGGCCUGUCGAUGGAGGAUUUGCUCUUCACUGACGUUUGUAAAGCACGUGACUGGCACUUCGGAAGGUACACGGAAAGACACUGCAGCAGGGGAAAGACGCUGACUAACCUCGCAGAUGUCUUUCUUUCAAGGUGUCUAAAAAUGCUUUAGCAUGCCAAAUUUAUUGCCCAUGGCCUUUCGCCUUCAUUGCCUGAAGUAUUCAAGGGCGAUUACCAAUCAAGGCAGUGCUGACACAACAGUGUCCCGGAGGAGCUAAAACCGAGAUAUGGUACUGCAUUUUUAUCACUGAUAAAGGAUAAUAAUAGGCUUUAUUUUUUUCUUUUUCAAAUGACCUUCUUGUGCAGACAUUAUUUACAAUAAUUAUACAAGGGUGUCUAGAAUAGACCGUAUCCUGUAUUUCUAGGCUUUAACUGUUUCUAGAAUCUGUUGCUUCAUUAUUCUAAACGAAUCAUUUUUACGGCGCUGCGGUAGCCGAGCAUGAUUAUUAAAUAUGAUUAUUUGGCUCGAGUCCUCUGCGGCUUUAAUGCUUUGGGACACAUUUUGAUGAGUCUGAUUUGUUGCUGUAAAGGCUGAAGCUUUAAUAGUCAAUUUCAUUUCUGUGCUUCACAAACGAGCUUCUUUGAUGUUCAAAGAAACACAGCAGUAGAAUUCCGGAGCAGGAAGUCGUCCUUGGUCUUAUGUUCACUUGAAAGACAGCACCGUUGCUUUGAUUUCCACUGUGUAUUUCCUGCACUUACUUAGAAGGAGCUUGAAAAAUGAUUGCUUAGGAUUUUGGCUGGAGACGGUUUUAUUUCUACGCUGUUUUGCAAAUCUCCAUCAGAAUGGUCUGCUGUGUGUUUUUCUUCGUCCUGAUUCCUGAUUCUGGUUUUCUGACCUGAAGGUCUCAGGUCAAAAGUGGACGUUAUAUCAAUAUCUCCGAUGAUACGAAUACGAAGUUGUCAGUGAUUUCACUAAUGAGUUGAGUUGAAUUGACUGCCACUCUUAUCUUGUGGUCAUUUGGAAUGCAGCUUGUACACAUUCUCACACCAUGUCCAGUCCAAACAUAAUAGCAUUGUGUCUCAUGCUAGUUCACAUACCUGUGUACUAUUCUAGACCUUUAUUAAGUACUCAAAAUACUCACAUAGCCUCCAAAUCUAUAGAAAGGUCUAAUUUGCAAAGCUGGAUCCUCUAGAGUUGAGACUCAGCUCAUGACAACAAUUACGGUUCGAUGAUGGGAGAAUUUUUUCCGCAGUGUUUGAUUUUGAAAUUGUUACUUGGAAACCAGAUAAACGGGAGUUUUGCCAUCCAGUGGACGUCCCUUUUAAUCCUAUUGGUGUAUUCAAUCUAAGCAGGUCAAGUGUGUGACAAAUGCCACAAUAGAAAGUCAUGCAUCAAGUAUAACUGAGGCUUAACGUUGUUGAACGUCCAUGAGAGAAGUCAGUUCCUGUUAUCCUUUAGGUUAUAGUAGCUAUAAACAUCGUUCAGUCACCUGCCUGUCUGUUUUUCUUUCUUGAACCCAGAACCCGGAAAGCACAAACCCAUCCUGAAGACAUUCCCAUUGUGGAAAACUGGUAAAAAGCUCUGACAUUGAAGACUCCUUCCAAAAAACCCUUCCCUACAGAACAUCACUAUGUUAAAGAUCAUACAACUUCUCUAAAUAACGACACGCAUUUCACACAGUUUGUUAUCAGGCUUAGGUUCUGUGGUGUGUCCACAUCCAGACAAAAUCCCUGUUUCAGCUGUUAUUAUCGAAACAAUAACGUUAAUGUGUUAACCUUGCAGACGAAACACUCGGGGCUGAAUUCUGACCAAUCAGAUAUUAGCAGCGCUGUGGCAUGUACGGCAUUACUAAAAUCCCUCCAUGUAGGUUAUAUAACAACUGAAGCUUCCCACAAUGCAACUGUACGCAUCGACUGAUCUCCAUUCAGAGGAUUACCCAUUUGGGUUUACUCUGAGGCGCUCGAUACAAACUGAACUACCACUGAACCGACACCGGUGGUGCUGCAGGACAUGAGCUGUGGACAGAUCAGGUUCCACUAUCUACUCUCUCCACUUCCUUGGCAAGAUGGAGUGCAGUGUGGCUUAAUUAGGGUUUCGUUAGACCUCUUUAAUCCAAAAAUCACAGGCUUUUGUGAGCCGAAUCGGGAUCGUCUUCUCUCAAGUGAGUGCGCUGAGUUACUUCUGGGCCAUUACACUCCGAGAGCCUGUAGCGAGAGUGAGCUAUUUCCGUCUCUUAUAUCAGAGCUGGCAUGGGUACGACCCUGAGAGUCAGGCAUCACACACUGCCACAUUCACACACACACACACACACACACACACACACACACACACACACACACACACACACACACACAUUUCAGUCUAUUAGCUGAUAAACUGAGCACAUCAAUUAAUACAAGCCUACAGACUUCUGCUUAAUACAAAUGCUAUUCAUUUCAAGUGUGCAUUAAGCAGACAUUGCGUGCGUUUAUAAGAUUACCAAAUAAACACUUGUUUUAUGUUUUAAUAUUAUUGCUUAAUCAUUAUGGUUACAAACAAAAUGAUAAAGAAGAGCAAUUAAAAAUGAAAACAAACAAACAAACAAACAAAUAAAUAAAUAAACUUUCGCGUGACUUUUUAACUGCUCACUUUAAAACUGGAAAUAGGUGUGUUAAUAAAGGCAGGAGCCUUGCUAACACGUGCUGCUAGUGUUAACAGUCAAACAUAAAUAUGUGGAAGGUCCAAUUUGAGUCAUAAAAAAUAACUUUCCCCUGACUGAGAAAAAUAAUAUGUUUAAAGAUAACAAGACCAGGAAGUAUAUAAUUUAUUCUCCUCUUGAAGUUCAAAUCAGAUGUGGCGCUAGUCAAAAUAUAACCACUUCAGAUCGUCUUAUUUACAGACGUAAACAGAUCAGUUAGCAACAAACGAAGACGUGUGGCAUUCAGAUUCAGUCGAUUAUCUGCAUUGUCUGGAAUACUGAGCAAGGAACUUUAGAUUGAAUCCAUUCGGCUGAACAGUCUAUUUAACUCGUAAACCUCAGCAGUGGAACCACGACCGUUCUGUACGAGACGUCUGGGUCGUUGCGCAUAACAGCUUACAGAAAUGGCGAUGUAGCCUCAAGCAUUAGCACUGGCAAAGAGCCAACCCCAGGCUUUGUGCAUCUCAUCGCUGCCAUGUCACACGAAUGUGUGUUUGUGUGUGUCUAAUAAAUCAAGUCUAUUUAUCCCACACAAUUCAGUCUGCAUGGCGUAUAUUUCACGUACUUCUGCUUGAUUGAUAAGACUGUUAAUAACAUUGCUGCCAUAAAAUUGCCUUAUCAAGAAGAACACGUUUCUUGGAUCAACAUUCAGCGUAAUGUCAUCCGAGUCGAUCGACACUUCAUCUAGUUCAGACACGAAGUUGUGCAGCUCUGCAGUGAAGACAAGUAAAGCUAAAUAACAUAAUCUAAGUUUGUAUGCAUAGCUAGCUAGCUAAUGAAAAUUCAGCGCUGGAAAUCACAACCAACAUAAAGUCAAACUUUAUUUAAAUUAACGGUAAAUCAGCUUUAAUAUUCAGCUUCAAUAUUCUGUCCAGUGCUUUAUCUUCUUUUUGUGAAGGGAAUAUUUAAAGCUAGCUGUGAACACAAACUAUUAAGAGUGUUUGUUUGCUGUCGAUCAGGGCGCAUGGUGAUGACAUCACAGGCUGGUCGAAAGAAAUGUGUUUAUUACAGGAACGUGCCCUGACUUGAGAAAUGAUGUUCAAUGGAUAUUUAAAUGAAAGAGAAGUGUGAUACAAUUCUUUCUUUACACUACACAAACUUUGAGUUUCAAAUGCAGUCUUGUCAACAUCACAACGUCGCAUCUCUCACAUGUCAUUGCAUCAUCUGAUUCUGAUUCUAUGUGGGGUAUAAAAUGUCAGGUUGAUUUACAGCGAUGGUCAAUGAUUGUAUCAUAGAGGAUUCAGCGUUAUCGUUAAUAUCGUAUCAUUACCUUAAGAUGACCCUGAAUCUGUUAUCUUGUAUGAUGUGGAAGUGUGAUAUUUAGACCCCCUACUAGCUAUUCACUGUUGUCAUGGUAACUCUGUGCUAUUGUGUUACUUUAAGUUGUUGUAUAUUAUGUUUCACUACAAGCAAUUCAGCAAUGUUUCAUGCUAGAUUUGUCCUGAAAUUAGAUUUCCUGUCCAGUAUUUUUUUUUUGAUAAACUCAAACAUAUCAAUAACAGAUAUUGAAACUGUGCCAGCUCUAAAACAGUCCAAAAUGCUUGCUGUAAAUUUCUUUGUACACCUUAUCUAAAAUUCUCCAUACGUCCACACAAUGUGGGUCAGAGCAACGGCGUGUCUUAAAUAUUUUACACACCAGAAGGCGCAUACAUUAACAUACAACGCUCUAAUCACUGCCAAGUGAAAUCAUUAUGUUACCUUUUCUUAAUAAAUGAUCUGGAACAGGGUCACAUUUUCCACUG